UAUAGAUAGUAACGUUGUCUUGAGAGCAGAGCUGUUGCACUGGUACGAGUAAAUCGUACUCGUAGUGUAGGUAAGAAAACGGGACGCAUACACUGUCGGUCACGAAACGAAUCGUAGUUGGUCAGUGAUUGCACGGGUUUGUUCGCCUUGUUGUUUUCUGGAGAACGAAGAACGGAAGAAACGAGUGGGAAAAAACGAGCCAAGCGCGUUUGGUUGUUUUUCGUUGGACGCGGUGUUAACCCCUCGUUACGCUCGAAAUGAAUUUCGAACCGGACCUUAAGCAGUACACAAUGUGCUCGGUGUUAGGCUCGUGUUUCUCGGACCGCGCUAUAGUGUUCCUCGGCAAGCACAAUAAGAGCGGCAACCUGGUAGCUAUGAAGAACUUCAACCUGGACACCAUGUCCAAAACCGACUGUCAACUUAUACAGGACGAGAUAUACAAUACGAGGCAGCUGAUGCACCCGAACCUUAUACCGUACGUAACGUCGUUCUUGGACAAAAGCCAACUGUACGUGGUGUUCCCGCUGAUGGGUUAUGGUUCAUGUCGCGACUUGCUGCGCAACCAUUUCGUUGAAGGGCUGCCAGAAACGGUCAUUGCCUUCGUACUAAAGGAUGUGCUUCUGGGGCUCGAGUACAUCCACAACAAAGGACUGAUUCAUAGGGCCAUAAAAGCUAGUCAUAUUUUGAUACGCGCUGAUGGACACGCAUGCCUAUCAGGAUUGCGAACCAUGUGUUCACUUGAUAAACGGUCUAAUUUACAUUCCUUGCCGUUACAAUCGGCCAACAAUCUAAAUUGGUCCAGCCCUGAAAUGCUCGAACAAAACUUGCUUGGGUACAAUGAAAAGUCUGACAUCUAUAGCAUAGGCAUAACCUCAUGUGAACUGGCCAAUGGUUUUGUUCCUUUUGCUGAAACUGAGACCACAUUGAUGCUUACACAGAAAGUAAAAGGACUAAUUCCACACUUACUGGACUGUACUACUUGUUACCCGUAUGAUGAUAACGCUGCUGAUAAUGGUUACCAGUCUGAAGAAACCAUUGGCAUGAAUGCUGCACCAGUGAGCAGUGUUAAUACAAGAAUGUUUACUGAAGCGUUUCACAAUCUUGUUGAAUUAUGUUGUCAACGAGAUCCAGAAAGUAGACCUUCUGCACUCGAUUUGUUGGCACAUACAUUUACUAAACAAGUGAAAAGAAUUAAUGUUAAAGUUACUGAUUUGUUACGACCUGCUGUACCAUUGUUAAAGACAAAUGUUGCAGAAAUAAGCGAUGAUCUUGCUUCCGUAGGGGGUAUGUCACAACAACUGAGCGAUCUUGAUCUGUUAACGUAUGCAUGGGAUUUUGACCACAAUGAUAUAAUAGUACCAACACUAUAAAUACCUAUUACCAGUAUUAGUUCAUAAAUAUCAAUCCUCAUUAAUAUUAUAUUUGCUAUACUCUUGUUUAAUGAUAAUUAUAUAUACAUAUAAAACUAUAAAUGUUAU